AUGUCGAGCUUCAAGCCUUCUGCCAUGCCGCAGGGCAACAUCGGCAUCGACACCGAUCGCAGUCCAAGGAGGAAGCUGUCAACAGACCUCAUGAGGAUCAAAAACUUUCCUUCCUCUCUUUCGCUCCGCAAGACAGAUCCCGACACGUCGCCGCGCUCCGACUCGCUCCAGUCCAACAGCACAUUUUCUCGUUUCAAGGCGUUGGGAUCACGAAACUCUUUGGGUACGGACCAACCCGAUACUUCGAAUGACUCUAAAGCCUCGAAAAGGACUUCGCGGCUGCUCGAUGCGUUCAAGCCUUCCAAAAAACCAUCACCCUCCUUCGAAGUGGUCCGCAAACCCCCAAAUCGCAGCACCACCUCCUUCCACUCUUCGUCCCUUCAGCCCUCUCCGCAUCUUGAGGUUCACAGGCCAGACAGCCAUCUUCCAUCGUCGCACGAUGCACCUACGGAUGCUCCUUCGGCAGCACCCAGGAUAUCCUUGUCCGUACCCACGUUCGAUGUACCAGUCCAACAGCAUCCUCACGUUGAUACUGCCGUCGCACCACCUUGCCAGCCAACCCAGAAUGCUCUCAGUGCUCGACCUCCGUAUCCGCCGUCCACCACAAAGACCCGAAAAUCCAGCGGCGCCAUCACUGCAGCUAACAACCGCAGAACAUCCGAUCCCUACCUCAACUCGGGCUCUACUCCCAACUCAGCUGCGCAAUCGCCCUCUGCCAGUCCCAACAUGGAGCCAGCCAACGGAAGCUUCAGUCUGCAUUCCUUCCGCAACGUUCGAUCGGCUAGCGACGUGUCAGCACCCGACGACCUCAGCGCACGACGCCAUUCGAGAGUGCAGAGCAUGAUCUCGGUCGACGAAUACCUCACGCCAGGCGAAGAGCUGCCGGAGCCACAUUUUCCUGACAAUACCAGCAACGUCUCGCGACUAGCGGGUACCACGGUCGGCCCCGAUCGAGCUCAAUCUACCAGUCCCAGUCCGGUUCCAUCGAGCGUACGACCAGCUAGCAUCUCGGCUGCCAAAUUCCGCCAAGCCUCGAGACAACGCAGCGAAAGCGUCACAUUACCCACCCUGGACACCAUCCAAGCCGCCCCCAGCUCAGGCUUGGUCAGGCCGCAGAGGUCCCGGACCCCCUCGCAAGACUUGGCCGCCAUGGAGGCCGUGCUCGCACAGACCCACAAAACUACCCAUCGCUCCUCUGAUGCCAACGAUCGACGCAAAAGCACGGAUCUGGCCUUGCUGCCUGCAAACAUCUUGGCAACCAGCACAGGCGAGGACUCGCAACGCUCCAAGCGUGGGUUCUUUAUUGUUGUCGAGGGCCUCGAUCGAGCAGGAAAGAGCACACAGGUGGAGAGGCUCGCCGAACAUCUCCACGCCAAAGCCAUCAAAUUUCCGGAGCGAACCACCGCCAUCGGUCAGAUGAUCAACUCGUAUCUCGCCCAAAGUAGCGACCUCGACGAUCAAGCCAUCCAUCUGCUUUUCUCUGCGAACCGCUGGGAAUGCGUCGCUUCCAUCAAAAGGACGCUCGACGCCGGCGAGAGCAUUGUCUGCGAUCGUUACGCGUUUUCAGGCAUCGCCUACUCAGUCGCCAAGGGUCUUGCGUACGAUUGGUGUCGCAAUCCGGACGUGGGCCUGCCUCUGCCAGACCUCACCAUGUUUCUCGACCUCGAUGCAGAGACUGCCGCCGCUCGAGGCGGAUACGGCGAGGAGAGGUACGAGAAGCUCGACUUUCAGGCCAAGGUGCGCGACGCGUUCACCCGAGUAUCUCAGGACGUCAGGGCACAUGGUGGCAGGUGGGUCACCAUCGACGCAAGCAAGACGCUCGAUCAGGUCACCGAGGAUAUACAGAAGGCGGUGCAGAGGGUCACAUCAUCGAUCGAUCGAGUCGGAGCCAGGCUCGGACAGCUUUUCGUCUCGGAGCGUCCGCCCAACUCGCGCGCCGGUUCCAGCAAGGAGCUCUUCCCUCCCGCCAUGGUGCCUACUGCCAAACGCUCGUCCAUGUCGUCCGAAACUUCAGAUAGGAAGGGCAAGUCACUGGAUCAGCCUCGGAUUUCUGUCAACACCUCAACGACAAAUGGGAACUUUCCUGCUUCCAGACAGUCCGGAUCCCCCUUGACCUACACCGAACAGCUCGCGGCGGUGCGAACUGCAGCCGCCGGAACGUUAUCGGGACUGUUCGGCGGGUCGAGUGCGACCGUGGAUCAGCAGACGUCUCCCGCAUCAGGCGAAAAGCAGCUGCCCGUAGCCGACGGCCCUUCACCGGUGAAUGCGACGCGUGGACAAGGCUUUGACUCUGUGCGUCUGCUAGCCAAAUACCCCGAUGGGUCUGGAAGGAGACGUACUUUGAUCGACCUGAUUGGAGAGAUCGAGAAUCAGCCACAGCAAGGGGCAUGGCCCGAUCACCGUCGGACGGCCUCCGCAGCUGCAGAAUCCACUUCGCCCACGCUGCAGUCGCCCGUGGACGGUUUUCCAAGCACGUUUGCGCAAGCCGGCCGCGUGCGACGUAGCACCGACCAAGGGCGCGUGUCUCAGCUGCCCACUAUCGCGAGCAGCGGUGCGUCCCCUGCUACUGCACCUCGCAGUACCUCGCUAACGGUGCAAUCUGGUGAAGGCAGCGGCGACAAGCCUGUGCCUCUGUCGCUGACCUUGCGAGCAGCUUCCUUCUCAUCGACGGGAAACGCAGGCGGUGCAGAGAGCUCUCUGAACCCUCCUGCCGCGAAUGUUCGGUCGUCGACACUGUCUCCAACUGCACGCACUGCAUCUCCUGCGAUCACCACGUCUUCACGCAGCUCUCUCGCCAGUCCGCCUCCACCGAUCUCGUCAUCGACACCUCCGAUCGCGCGACCUGCCAGCGCGAGUCCCGCAGACUAUGCCACCUAUGCUGCCGGCGCGAACGCAGACGCGAACCCACUCAACUCACAGCACCUGUCGGUGCUCAACGUGCAGCAGAAUCAGGCUGAGAUGCAGGAGCAGUACAUGCGCACUUACAUGGCAAUGAUGGCGAAUCCGAUGCUGGCGCAGCAGGCGCAUUACCAGAUGAUGCUGCAGAGGCAUCAGCAGCAGUACUAUGGUCGUGCGGCGAGUGCCAUGGGAUUUGCUGGAGGGAGUCAUAUGGGCGCGGGUGCGAAUGGGAAUGGCGUGCAGCCGGUGUCGACGCAGGGUGCGGGAGGACCACCGUUGGCGGCGUUCAUGCAGCCGGCACAGGCGAUGGCGAUGCAGUCGACGGAUGCGAUUGCGGGUAGUGGUGAGAGGGGGAGGGUGAAGUCGUUGCACAAGCGGACACAGUCUUCUGGGUCGCUUUAUGAUAACGGUGCGGCGAAUGGGGCGAAUGCCGCAUCAUCGACGUCGCAACCUAUGCUAUCGAUGAUGAUGGCUCCCCCACCAUCCUCCAGCGGCACCAAUGCUGCUGCGCCAGCCGCGUCCUCGCCCACGUUUGGCCCACAGGCGUUUUAUGGCUCGGCUCAUCCGCAAGCGUUGUACCCCCAGCCGACCGUGUUUUACCCGAACGGUGCACACGGUUUCCCGCCUAUGAUGGGCGGUGGUAGUAGUAUCGGAUGGGGCCAGCAACCUGCAGUAGGAGGACACGGUGGGAGGCCGGGAUAUGUUCCUAGCAGGUCCGAGUUAGGCGGCGUGUCUUCCGCGUUGAGGUCGCAGAGAAGCAGUGAAAAGGGGUUGAGGCAACAGCAGCACUAA